GUGUCAGUUUUGUUUGACAAGAAGAUACUUAAUGCGAAGAGGCAUGAUAUUUUGAAGUAUUUUACAUGUGCUUAUUAAAUUACAUGCUUUUUGAUUGAUAAUUGAAUUGAAAACAUGACGAGAUUUGCUAGAGCCAAAGGUUCCAAGUCUUCGAAUGAAAGAGCCCCUGAAGACAGUACACCAUGGGAGGUUAUGAAAGAACAGUUGUUGCAGGCUAAAGUGAAUAAUGAGGAAUCCAAAAAGAGGAAGGAAGCGGAACAACAACGCAUUGAAAAUUAUGAAAACUUCCUCAAAGAUCACAGAGUUCAAAAGAGGAAAGCAACAUGGUGUGAUUUUCCAGAAGUUGAAAACAAAAAGAAAACCUCUGACUCAACUGUGCUCACAGAGUCCUCAGCUAAACCUAAAAAGAAAAACAAGAAAAAAGUUGGCAAUGCAGAAGUCUCUGAGGCAAGUCACUGUGACAGUAAUGCACAACCAGCCACUUCUGAAACCAAUGAGAGCACAGUGAAAAAGCCUAAAAAGAAGAAAAAUAAAAAUUCACAAUCUACACCAGAUCCUCAAAAUGUAGAGAAAACUACAGAUGUAACACAAAACACUGAAGGUGGGAAGAAAAAUAAGAAGAAGAAAAAUAAACAAAAUAAGACAUCUGAAGAAUCAACAGACAACCCUAAAGAUAAUAACACAAAUUCAGCAGAAAGUAAUGAAAUCCCCAAAAAUAACCAGACCAAAGCAAAAAACAAGAAGAAUAAAAAAUUAAUUGAUGGCAAACCUGUGAGGAGGAAGGAGAUAAAUGACAGAAGUUUCCAACUCAUUGUCCAUGGCAAAGAAAUAGAAUUGGUAAGAUUUGAUGGAUUCCCAGUUAUGAAGAAGGAUGCAGAGAGACUGCAAGAGCUUAAAACUAAUAUGAUUAAAAAAGGAAUACCAAAAAGUGAGGUACAGAGAACAAUGAAAUUGGAACGUCGAAGAGCAGAGAAAGCUUUAGCAAGAAUGAAGAGGGAAGUCUGCUAUAACUGUAGGAAAGGUGGCCAUGUGCUCUCUGACUGCCCUGAGCUAAAGUCAAAGAUACCAGGGGCUGAUACUGCAGAAGGAGUUUGCUUCAAGUGUGGCUCCACAGAACACAGGCAGUUUGAAUGUAAAGUACAGAGGGAUAAGGAGUUCCGAUUUGCUACAUGCUUUAUUUGUAAGGAGCCUGGUCACAUAGCCAGACAAUGUCCUGAUAACCCUAAAGGACUGUACCCUAAUGGUGGAUCCUGCAAACUUUGUGGUGAUGUCACACAUCUGAGGAAAGAUUGUCCUACUGUUAUGGAUAAAAAGGAAGAGACUACUGUAAAACUUCACACAUUAGACAGUUCAGAAAACAUUGAAGAUGUAGGACAGCAACAAAAUAAAUUUAUACAUGUAGAAUCAAGCAAAAAGCCCAAGAAAAUUAAAUUUUGAAGUGUAAUAUAAUAAUGACGAAAUAAAACAAAUGUGAGUAAAAUGCAACAAA